AUUUUUUCUCUCUCCAGUUUUCGUUGCUUUUAAAAGUAGCUAGCUCUCUCACGAUUCAGGCAAAGACUUGGCGUUGCGAAACUACUACUUUCGAUGCGCAGCAACGUUUUCAAGAGAUGUAAACAUUCUUGUAUGUUCUGUUCAUGUUUUAUUGAUAUCGGAUACCAUACUGCUUCAGCUUUGAUCAGGAUGAAGUGAUAAACACCUUGGUCGUCCUAACCGUGUCCUCAGCCUUCUAUUACUCAAUGAACGGAAAGAAUAAUCAUUGUGAAGAAUUGUAUCGGUUAAUCAUCAGCGAAGGAAUAUAGGUUAUAGGGGAUUAGCGUACAAGCGCUUCUACGGACUUACUCUGGCUAAACUAACCGGACGCGGCUAUUCUCAGACAGUUGUCAACAUGACAUAUACGGAACGCACGGGGAGAGUGAUCUUGGUCGACAUCGCGGCCGUUGUCGUAAUGAUGUCGAUCAUUGGAUACCCGGGCACGGGUAGGAUGAUGGCGGCAGGUACGACCACGGUACAACGGGUGAACUAUAGCGACGCCGGAACCGAUCCUGACUUGCGGGAGAUAUUCAUCGGGAGAUGUGCGGAUUUCAAGGCUGGGAAAGUCAACCCCACAGUCGACCUCAACGAACUGAGGAUGAAGAACUGCACACAGCUAUGGGAGCUGUUUUCUCAAGCUUUCAAAUACCAUGAAGCGUGUGAUGUGAAUCAAACGAUGUAUGAAGAAUUCGUCAAUGCAACCGCCAUUACUAUACCCGCCAAUAAGUCUAAUUUCUGGGAUGGUUGGGGCAUUUACGACACCGUACACGCCUAUGCCAAAGAAGGAAGAAGGGCGUGGUCACUGGAAUACACACUUGUUGGAUACCUGAUUAAUAAUCUGAAGUUCUGUGGGCAGGAGGAUGAAACGGGUUUCAGGUACGACUCUUGUCCUGGACCGGAUGAAUGUGGGUUCGCAACCGGAUGUGUUGAUGCAUUCUGGGCGGAGGCUUCUGUAUAUUUUGCAAAGCAAGCAAAGGGGCAUGUUCGUGUUCUCUUUGACAGCAACCGUGAGGGUGGUGCCUUUCAAAAUGAAAAUAGCUACUUUGCUCAGUUCGAGCUAAACAACAUGCGACCAGACGCCGUGGAAAAUGUGAACAUUUACCUCAUAACAAUGGUUAAUCAAGAACCAGGGGAUAAUUGCAGUUCAUCGUCUAUUCAACAACUCACUACUAUCUUAACGCAGAGUGGUAUUUCAUACACAUGUCAUGAUCAACCAAGGGAUGUACUGCAUUUGCUCUGCACAGAUGAGAUCGAAUCGGAAGAGUGCCUUCUCCAAAAAGAUAUCCUCGAAUCGCCAACAGAUGUCGCCCUCCCGUUAACCACAGGUUCAGCAUCGCGAACGCGGAGCACGAUAGGAGUUGGUUGCCAUGCAUUUAUAGUGAUUUCUAUUUAUAUUAUACACAAUAUUUUACACUACACGUAACAUUAAUUUGAUUUUAUUGGUUGUUAGUCAUUGGUUGUACAGGAUGUGCCAAUCUGUAGAGUAUCAGAUCAUUAUUGGAUUAUACACUGUAAAUUCUGAGGUGUUAACACGGUCAAGUGUCCCAUUGUUGACCAUACC